UACCUAAAAUUAGAAAUUUGCGUCAUAGCACAAUUUCGCCUACAAAACAAAAUAAAUGAUUCAAUAAAUUGUUGAAAAUUUAAUACGCAAUAUAUAAUUCAGUAACAAAAUAGCCCAAAGUUAGUGGACAAUGGACGAAGACAUCCUUACAACAUUGAAAAUCCUAAUAAUAGGCGAAAGCGGAGUAGGAAAAUCUAGUCUUUUGUUGAGAUUCACGGAUGAUAAUUUUGAUCCAGAACAAACUUUAACAAUAGGAGUUGAUUUUAAGACCAAAAAGUUAAGUGUAGAUGGUAAUAAUGUGAAAUUGGCCAUUUGGGAUACUGCCGGACAGGAAAGGUUUAGAACUUUGACUCCUUCAUAUUACAGGGAUGCCCAAGGUGCCAUUCUAGUGUUUGAUGUUAGUAGCUAUUCAACAUUUGCUAAACUAGAAACUUGGCUAAAUGAAUUAGACACAUAUUCAACAAAAAACAAUAUUGUUAAGAUGAUAGUGGGGAAUAAAAUUGAUGUGGAUAAUCGUGAAGUAACAAGAGAACAGGCAAUGGCAUUUGCCAGAAGACACCAAACACUUUACAUAGAAGCCAGUGCGAAAACGAAACAUGGAGUCCAGAGUGCAUUCGAAGAAUUAGUCCAUAAGAUAAUUCAAACACCAGGCCUAUGGGAAUCUUACAAUAGUGACAACAUACAUGUUAAUGGCAACAAAAAUCAUGCUGACCAAAGUGGGUGCGCGUCUUAUUGCAGCUUAACUUAGGAAAUUGAUUUUUAAGGAUUUAUGUUUUUCUUUUUUAUACCUACUAGGGCUGGUAUUUUGGUGGUUUAUGAUUUAGAAUAUUCAAACAUGAAGUCUUCAGCCAGAUUGUUAAAGGACACCCUUUUUUUAUAUUAAUUGUAUCACAUACAUAAUGCGUUCUGGUUAAAUUUUGAUCUGCUUCUAUGAUACAUGAUUACCAAUCUGGCUAGAAGGAAAGGCAAUACAAACUACUAAGAUCUGCCAAAAAAAUCAUAAUUAUCAGUUUUCAAAAUACUAUUCAUUCAUCACUUAAUUAAGUUGUGUUAAGAAGUUUACUGUUCCAACAUAAUCUAAGGUUUCAACCAUAACUCAGCAAAAUAGCAAUAUUGGUUGAUUGGUUUUGAACCAACAACUACAUAUAAGGAUUUUUAUCUUGAAGAACAAGGAUCAUGAUUCAUAUAAUAAAAAAAAAUUGCUGAUUUGAGAUUUUUAUUGUAUGUAUAAGCUUUUUUUUUCCUAUGUAUAUUUUGUGAUUUCUUUUUUGAAAAUUAGAUCUUGCUCUAUCGUUCUUCUACAUAGCCAUUAUCCUCUCUGGAUCCAUAAUAGAUCAGGGAUGGGUUUCUGUCAAAAUUUUUUGUUCGGUCUUGGUUUAUGGUGUACCUAGUUGGCGAGGAAAUAUCCUGGGCUCAAGCUUUUGAGUAUCGAAAAAGUUCGAAGCAUCAUUUUCAUAGUAUUUAGAUGACGGUGUUACACAUGAGAAAUGGUUUUGAGGCUGUUCAAAAGUAAAGACUCUCAAAGUCUCCAGUCUCAGUUAUCAAAACGCAACUUAAAAGAUUCCCAUGAAAAGCACCAUACCAAACAAAAACUUACCUAGCACGUCUUACCAUGUCACACUUAUUGGGACUCAUAUUAUAUACUCAAAUCCACAGAUCCAAACUGUAAAACUCAAUCAAAAAUGUAUUUCUUGAAUGAUUUUAUGUUGGAAUAGAUCUAAUAUUCAACAAUGUAAUUGUUUUUAGGGCUUUUUACCCAUUACCAUUAUUGUUUAAAACAUAUAUUUAUAUUUAUGUACACACAUAUUUUAUUAAUAAAAUUAACGUUUUUAGUACAA